CGAGCGGGAGGCGGUUUGCAGGAGGGGGCGACGGCAGCAGCUGCUUGCGCGCUGGGAAAGCCAAGCCAAGCCAAGCCCGCCUUAUGCUGCCCGGGCUGCAUGGGUGGCCAAGCGGCCGCUCUCCCUGAUCCGUGGGCGCUGCUCCUCGGGGGACCGAAGCCCUCGCCUGUGGCCGGCUGCAAGGCGGCGAUGCGCCGGCUCCUGCCUUAGCCCUGGAGGUCUCGCCCGCCUCCCGGCCCGGCUGCCCCCUUCCUCCUCUUGGAUGCUUUGCCCAGCCUCUCCCACUCCCCGCCGCCUUCCUUCUCCUUCGGUUCUCCGAGCAGCGGCCGCCGUCGGGGCUGCUCGGCCGGCGCCAUGCACACGGUGCAGAAGGACACCACCUUCACCAAGAUCUUCGUCGGGGGGCUGCCCUACCACACCACGGACGCCUCGCUGAGGAAGUACUUCGAGGGCUUCGGCGACAUCGAGGAGGCCGUCGUCAUCACCGACCGGCAGACGGGCAAAUCCCGGGGAUACGGCUUCGUGACUAUGGCUGACCGAGCUGCAGCCGAGAGAGCCUGUAAGGACCCCAAUCCCAUCAUCGAUGGCCGGAAAGCCAAUGUCAACCUUGCAUAUCUGGGAGCAAAACCAAGGAGUAUUCAAACUGGUUUUACCUUGGGGGUGCAGCAGUUACACCCAGCUCUCAUUCAGAGACCCUACGGGCUCACACACCACUUUAUCUACCCUCAAGCAAUUGUUCAGCCCAGCGUGGUUAUCCCGACUCCUGUACAGUCCAUCACAUCUCCGUACAUAGACUACACAACCGCGAGCCAGGCCUAUACACAGUUCACCACAGCUGCCUACGACCAGUAUCCGUACGCUGCCUCCCCUGCUGCUGGCUUCAUGGGGUACGGCUACACGGGUGCAGUUCAACAACCUCUCACAGCUGCCAACCCGACGGUAGCAGCACCUACAGCCUUCUUGCAGUACCAGCCCACGCAAUUGCAACCGGACCGUAUGCAGUAGAAGCCUGGUUGGGAUCAUCUUGUUUUCUGGGAAGACUGUUCUUUGUUUCCUUCCAUGAUGGAAUGGAAAGAUGUAAAAAGGAAAAAAAAUAUCUAUCCGUGGAAUAACAGAGCAAAGCAAAAAAAAAAAACUUUUAAAAACCAACCUUAUUAGGAAGAAUGCAUAUCAUAUCAAUACCUAAGCUAUUUAUAGUGUUACAGACAAGUUUUAAGUCCUUGCAGAAAGACUUACACAGCAAUGCAGUAAUGGACUAUUUUUAAAAAAAAAUCAAGACAAAUAAUGUUGCAAAGAUGGACUGAAAAUGACUUUACAAAGUGAAAACUACAGGUUCUUGCACACUUAAUAGCAGUCUACUUCCAUUGCCUAUCUUUUUCUUACUUUUCCCAUUUAAAAACUCCUCUGUGUACCCAUUAGCCGAACAAGUUCUACAGUCUGGUUACUUAUCCUCAACACACAAGGUACUCGGAGAAUACAGAAAUGGAAAAAAAUGCAAACUUUUUGUUGUUGUAUUAAAAAACUUUGUAAUACUCAGAGAUGCCUUACAGAAAAAAAGAACCUAUUUUAAUAUUUAUUGUGAUCUUUUUAUUCGCACGAGCUGUGAAUUGCAGAUAAAACUUCUGCCUUGUUUAAUUCUCAACUAAAUUAUUGUACGUAGGUGGGGAGAAAAAGUUCCGAAGUAAGUGCUAAAUCACUUUUGACAUGCAAAAAGGGAAUAUUGGCUUUAAGGACAGCAGAAUAUUCCUUAGUCAACGCACUGUAAUUUUUCUUAUCGUAAUUAUUACUCUGUUAUCUCAAAGUUUAGGUAUAUUUUUAAAUGCAAAAAAAGGAGAAAAAAAAGAGGAAUACUGAACUUAUUGUCUACUUUGAUAGAUCUUUUGUUAUAAUGCUGCAAAGUCUAGAGAAAUCCUACAGUAUUUAUAUAAAAGCUAAGCAGUGGGUGGGCCAUGGGCCCCAUGAUGCUUAGGAGAAUGUCAGGAAUGGCUCAGAGAUUUAAAGUGGUGUUACACACUUGAACAAAUGGGUUUAUCCAUAGUGGUACAACAGCUGAUUAGGUAAAAGAAAACAAGACUGUGUAAGUUAAGUACAUUUUUACAAAAAAAAAAGAGCAAUAAACUAUUUUGAUUUUUAAACAACUCUGGGCUGUAUUAUAUACCAGGUGGAUUUUAAUGUGGCUGCUAAGUCAUAGGGAAAUGCCUUGCUUGAACGAGAGGGUGUGUGUGUGCACAUGCAAAAAAAACUUUUGUAUUUCAAGGAUUCUGAGAAGAGUCACCUUGUAUUGUCGAAGGCUUUCAUGGCCGGAGAACGAUGGUGGUUGUGGAUUUUCUGGGCUGUAUAGCCGUGGUCUUGGCAUUGUAGUUCCUGAUGUUUCGCCAGCAGAUGUGACUGGCAUCUUCAGAGGUGACCUUGUAUGGAGUGACCUUGUAUGGAGUCCUUCCCAGUGAGUGCCAGUUUGCCCACUAAGGAGGGUGGAAAGCCAUCUUUCUCUUGUUGUAAUGCUGUGCCUCCCCUCUCCCCAAGAAUGAAUGGCAGCUGUUCCCUUACAUAGGAGAAAUGGUAUACUUUUAAAGAGGCCAUUGGAGGAACAACUAAACUGGACAUGGGAACCAUCAAAUUGCAAGUCUGUGAUGGGAAGUAAAGUUACUUCAUAGACAUGUGACAGGAAGAGACUUGCCUUUACCCUCUCUACUAAGCAACCUUAUGCCACUCUUCUGCUACUGUUUUCUCAGCAUACAAAAAGAGGCAUGCCAUGUGGUGCCUCUCUACGGAUGCACACAAGUAGCAGAUCCUUCCAAAGAUGUUAAAAAAAAAACCUGAAGGACCCACUGCAUGGGUUGAAGAACUCUACUUUAAAGUGUAACAGCGUUGGGAAUGGGCAAAUUGGGAACUGAAAUAAAGAC